GACGCACCGUAUCCACCGCCCCACGUGUCUCGAAGCUGUUGCACAAAAACAUCACGAGUGGGAGCUGCAGCUACAAAUACACCACAUGGCACCACUUCUCUUGUGCUUGUAGACGGAAACACCAGCGGGCCUCGGACUCCAGAGCUUGUUUGGGAAAAAAAAAAACAAAUCCACGCAAUCAACUUCAAAGUUGCACAGCUUUCACGUUGGGAAGUCAGUCAUUUCAAGAACGACCUUAAAGUUGAAAGUUAUUCGUUUGAAGGCUUUGAAGGAACAAAGACACUCUGUCGCCUGCAGCAGCUACACUGAGGCCAACAUGUCGACCAGCACCAACCAAGUGAAGAGCUGCCCCAUCCCCACCAAGGUGCUCACCCUGAAGGACUGGUCCCAGCUACCCGACCGCUACAGCCAGACACCCGGGGGCACCCUCUUCUCCACCACGCCUGGAGGUACCCGCAUCAUCUACGACAGGAAGUUUCUGUUGGAUUGUCGAAACUCCCCUCUGGCCCGAACCCCCCCAUGCUGUCUGCCCCAGAUCCCGGGGGUAACAGUACCUGCUACACACCCCAUGGGGAAAUUGCAGGAUCUCAAAGAGGAGGCUGAGGAGGAAGAGAAGGACAUUGCAGAUGACAACCAGUUUGAGAUGGACAUCUGAGCUGCAGUAUUACCUCCUGUGGAGAGUCAUUGGUUAAAAACACCUCAAGGGUCUUUGAUGGCCCUAAUGCAUCACACGCAUACAAAGCUUUUUGUCACCUUUUUUUCCUUUUUU